CUGGCCUGUUCGGGCGCCUCAGUCUCAUCGCCAGCAAUGGAUCCAGCGACCAAACUGCGAUUCGACUCGCCGCUCCUCCGCGUCUACGAGGACGGCCGAGUGGAGCGUCUCUUCGGCACAGAAACCACCCCGCCGGGCGUCGAUGCUGCCACCGGCGUCACCUCCAAGGACGUCGUCAUCGACGCCGCCACCGGCGUCUUCGCCCGCCUCUACGUCCCCGACCUCGUCGCCGCCGGCUCCGAUUCCCAGCGCAAGAAGCUCCCGAUCCUCGUAUACUUCCACGGCGGCGGCCUGGUCCUCGACUCGGCCGCCUCUCCGACGUACCACAGGUACCUCAACUCCGUCGCCUCCAAGGCCGGCGUCCUGGCCGUGUCGGUCAACUACCGCCUCGCGCCAGAGCACCCGCUUCCCGCGGCCUACGACGAUUCCUGGGCGGCGCUCAGCUGGGCCGCGUCGAGGGAUGAUCCCUGGCUUUCGGAGCACGGCGACGCCGGCAGAAUCCUCUUGGCCGGCGACAGCGGAGGCGCGAACAUCGUCCACAACAUAGCAAUCAUGGCCGGCACCCGGGAUGGUUUGCCGCCAGGAGUACGGAUUGAGGGGGCGAUCAUAUUCCAUCCUAUGUUUGGUGGUAAGGAGCCAAUUGACGGCGAGGCCAUGGACAUGAGGGCGAUCACGGAGAAGCUUUGGCCCAUAGUAUGCCCGGAAAGCGCAGACGGGUUGGACGACCCGAGGUUGAACCCGAUGGCUCGUGGAGCGCCGAGCUUGCAGAAGCUGGCGUGCCGGAGGCUGCUUGUCUGCUCGGCCGACGGAGACUUCGCGCUGCCGAGGGCCGCGGCGUACUACCAGGCCGUGAAGGCCAGCGGGUGGCCCGGCAGGGUGGAGUGGCUAGAGUCCAAGGGAGGAGAGCAUGUGUUCUUCCUCAGCAAGCCGGAGUGUGAUGAGGCUCUGCAACUCAUGGACAGGGUGGUCGCCUUCCUCGCUGGCAAUUGAUUCAGAGGACACUGACUUAUUUGUGUUCCCCUUCGGGUUGCAAGUGUAAUCAGAUCUCAAAAGCACACUUGUAUUUGUGAAUUCAGAACCAUUGACAAUAAAGGACAAUAUUAUUCGGUUUUGCUAAAACUCAGCUAGCUGAGAAACAAAUUGGUCUCAUUCACAUCCUUGACCAUCCGAUCUUAAGGUGUUGAGAUUCGUGUGUGCUGUUUUUUUCGCA